UGCCAGAGGCAAGCGAGAAGGUGCUUGGAGCUGUCUGCAAGGAACACACGCUCUGACAGCCAAGGGAGAGGGGACGGGGAGAGGAAAGACGGGGAGUUCUCAUUCUUCCUAAGGUAUGAGGACUGGCGGCUGCAGCUUUGGGAAACCUGCACUGUUGAACUUUCUCUGUGUUCUUGCCCCUCUGAGCAUUCCUUCCCCUCCAGACAGCAGGUACCGAUUAAGUCUCUUGCAUAUAUAUAUAUAUACCUGAAGAUGUGAAUGGCUUUGAAACGUGUGUGAGGAAUUUAGCUUAGCUGCCUUCUCCCCCCCCCCAAAAAAACCCCUCCAGUUGCACUCUUAGUUAUACGAAACUACCAGUCCUACAACUGAGUGCUUUUCCUGUUGGAUGAAACCAUGAAGGGCUGCUGGAGGAAUCUUCUCCCAUUGACUGUAGCUCUUUUUGUGAGGGUUGGUGAUUGUCAGAGAGACUUUGCUGGGCAGUUUGAACAAAGUCCUUCCUUCAGAGCCGAAUCUGAAAGCAGAGAAACGCCUCAGCUAAGAUUCCGGAACCAAGGUAGUUUAGGACCAACAAACAAAGUGUUCAGUUUGUUCCAGGUACACAGUCCUCCUUCUCCCUUGGACCAUGUUCCUGCGACCCCUCAGAGCGAUGUAGUCUCCAGUGCCUGGAUGAGAAACUUGGCAGGGAGGGAAAACCGAAAGCCACACUCUGCUCCCACAAACCGCAAGCUCCAUGCCCCCACAAAUAUCAGAUCCCAAUCCAUCAGUCGUGGGACAAAAGCUGAUGCUCCAGGCAGAAGCCUGAGUUGGACUCCACAGAGACAAAGGAUGGACAUCUCACACCAGUGGCCACGGAAUGGGCCAAGGGCAAGGACAGCAGCACAGCCAAGAAUGCAAAAUUCCAGAAGCCGAAUGGCAGGGCCAAAUGUCUGUGGGGGACAGUGCUGCUCAGGAUGGACAACAGCUCCUGGGACCAAUCGUUGUAUUAAACCUGUAUGUGACCCUCCGUGCCAGAACAAAGGUUCCUGCAGCCGCCCCCAGCUUUGUGUUUGCCGUUCAGGCUUCAGAGGCUCUCGAUGCGAGGAGGUGGUUCCAGAACAAGAGUAUCAUCCUCCUGGCCUUGUGGCUGCCUUCCAGCCCCCAGCAGUACAUUCCCCUCUAAAAAGAAUGGGCAGUGCAGAGAGAGAAAGCACGCUAAGAGACAGACAGCUGCCUACCAUGCAGAAGCUAUCGGCUGGGACUCAGAGCAGAAGUGGUUCCCUUGUUAUUCCUCAGCUGCACACGGGGCCUUCUCGUACAGUCCGACGCUAUCCAGCUGCUAGUAAUGAUCAGCUCGCAUCCAAUGCUCUGCCCAAUGGGAAUGGAUUUGAACAGAUCAGUUCCGGGCAGCGUACAGCAUAUCAAGAGCCUGCCUCAUCUCUCUGGGGUGUCAACCUGACAGAAAAGAUCAGGAAGAUAAAGAUUGUCUUCACUCCCACAAUCUGUAAACAGACUUGUCAACAUGGCCGCUGCUACAAUAGCUGUGAGAGAGGGGACACCACCACCCUGUACAGCCAGGGUGGGCAUGACCAUGACCCCAAAUCUGGCUUCCGUAUCUAUUUCUGCCAGAUUCCCUGUCUAAAUGGGGGACGCUGUGUGGGCAGGGAUGAAUGCUGGUGCCCAUCUAACUCUACAGGAAAAUUUUGCCACCUGGCAGCUUUGAAAGUGGAAAGAAAAAAACAAGUGCCAAAUAGCCUGGCAAGCAGCUCCAUGAAGCAUUCUAUGUACACGCUUCCUCUGUCCAACCAACUUGCUUCGAUAAAUCCUUCCCUUGUGAAUGUACAUAUCAACCACCCUCCUGAAGCUGCGGUGCAGAUCCAUCAGGUUGCCAGAGUGAAAAGUGACUCAGACCAGUCAGAAGAGAACAGUGUUGAAACUGUAUUGAUGUCUCACUUUCCAUUGGGCUCCCAGUUCAAUGAUAAUGCCACCAUCACCACCAACAGCAACAACAUUGUCACAGAGAGCAAUCAGCAACAGAGGCCCCAGGGCCUCAUGGGAAAGUGUUACCUGGAGACAGUGCAUGGAAAGUGUGCCAACCCAUUGCUUGGUCUGGCCAACUAUGAGGAUUGUUGUGGCAGCAUGGGAGCCUUUUGGGGGAUCAGCCGAUGCAUCCCAUGCCCAUCUAAACCAGCUCACCCAGUGAUUGAAAACGGACAAGUUGAAUGCCCACAGGGAUAUAAAAAGUUGAAUCGGAGUCACUGCCAAGAUAUCAAUGAAUGCCUAAUACUUGGCAUAUGCAAUGAUGCAGAAUGUGUGAACACUCGUGGAAGCUUCCUCUGCACUUGUAAGCCUGGCACCAUGCUGGACCCAUCCCGCAGUCACUGUAUUUCGGAUAAAGCAGUUUCCACAGAGCAGGGACUCUGCUAUCGCUCAGCAACAGGAGGAGUCUGUGCUUUACCACUCAAUCAGCACAUCACCAAACAAAUCUGCUGCUGUAGUCGUGUUGGCAAAGGGUGGGGAACAAAUUGUGAGAAGUGUCCAUUACCAGGCUCUGAAACUUUUAAAGAGAUUUGCCCUGCAGGACAUGGCUACACUUAUUCCAGCUCUGACAUUUACAUGUCCAUGAGAAAGGCAGAAGCAGAUGAGCUCCCACUCAGUUCAGAGGAGCAGAAGAAAACUAGUGGCAGGGUUCCUGGCUGGACAGUAAGACAACAACUGCAGGAGGUCUCGAAUGGGGGUAUCACUGAUGCACUCCCUGGGACUGACAUCUCAGCAAGAAAGGGGGAAUCUGAAGAAGAUCAGGAUACAGAUCAUGUUAUCCAAGAAACUGAUAUUAACCCAGUGGAUGUAGUAGAGAUUUCUCCCCAUUUUCCUGCCCAGCCAUUUCCAGGAGCUGUUGGGGAGGAUGCUGCUCCAACAGAUGCAGCAGCACUGUUUACAGAAAUGAGUGCAUGCUCCUCUUCACCUAAUAUCUGUGGUCCAGGCACCUGUGUGAACUUGCCAGGAGGAUAUGCCUGUUUGUGUUACCCUGGUUACCAACAGUAUCCAAGCCACACCUAUUGCAUUGAUGUUGAUGAAUGUGAGAGAAAUCCAUGCGAUGGGAAGGGCCACUGCAUCAACAACGAGGGCUCCUAUUCCUGUCUCUGUUUCUCUGGCUAUGCUCUUCUCACCUCACAAAAUAUACAAACAUGUUAUGAUCUAAACGAGUGUGACCAGCCGAAUGUAUGCCAUAGAGGAAAGUGUAUCAACACACCUGGCUCUUAUAUCUGUGAGUGCAAAAUGGGUUACAUAAUGGGUCAGAGAGGACAGUGUGAAGAUAUUGACGAGUGUGCAACCCAUAACGCCUGUCCUAGAGGACUCUGCAUCAACUCUGAGGGUUCCUUCUCUUGUGUGGCUUGUGGCGUUGGAUAUAUUGCAUCAAGGGAUGGAAGAACAUGUGAAGAUAUUGAUGAAUGUGUUUCACGCAUGGCCUGCCCUCAGGGAAUCUGCACUAAUACCCAGGGUUCCUUCACUUGUCAGGCCUGUGACACUGGCUAUAUACUAUCAUCCAAUAAGCUCACUUGUGAAGAUAUUAAUGAAUGUGAAGAUCCAAACACACACUGUCUAGGAGGCGAGUGCUUAAACACACCUGGCUCCUACAGGUGUCAUUGUCGGCCUGGAUUUGAGCUCUGCAAUGGAACCAUAUGUGAAGAUCUGAAUGAGUGCCUGGACAGUGGCAUCUGUAGCCCCAAUGGCGAGUGCCUGAACAGCCAUGGAUCCUAUUUCUGCAUUUGCCCUCUUGGUUUUUCAAAUGCUGGUGGUGGAGUUAGCUGCCAAGAUGUAGAUGAGUGUGCAGACCAGUCCAGGUGCCUGCGUGGCCAGUGCCUCAAUACAGAAGGCUCUUAUAGCUGCUUGUGCCAAACUGGCUUCAGACAUUCCCAGGAGACAGAUGAUUGCAUAGACUUAGAUGAGUGUGAAGAAUACGGGGAUGCCGUGUGUGGUGCAUGGCAAUGCCAGAACACCUUGGGCUCAUACCACUGCAUUAUGGGAUGUUUACCUGGCUUCCAUCAUACCUCAUUUGGUGAAUGCAUUGAUAUUGAUGAGUGUGCCAAUGAGACACUGUGUGGCCCUCACGGCUUCUGUGCCAACACAGAUGGCUCAUUCCAUUGUCUGUGUGACCGUGGCUACGAAAACUCACCUUCAGGCCAUGACUGCAUUGAUGUGAAUGAAUGCGAGAUGAUGGUUGCAGUGUGUGGGACUGCACUUUGUGAGAAUGUAGACGGUGCGUUCCUGUGCCUGUGCCCCAGUGACCAUGAGGAAUAUGACACGGCAGCCGGGGUGUGCCGCCCCCGAGCUGGCAUGGGAGAACCUGGAACGCUUGUAUCUUUGCAUCCUGGAACCUCACAGAGGAAGGAGUGCUACUAUCAUAUCAGUGACAUCCCACUCUGUGACAGUGUCUUGGCCAAUAGCACCACCAAAGAGGAAUGCUGCUGCACUGAAGGGGCGGCCUGGGGAGACAACUGUGAGACACAUCCAUGUCCUGUCAUUGGCUCAGUGGACUAUAUUGAGAUUUGUCCCAGCGGGAAGGGAUAUAUCCUUGUGGAAGGGACACUGAUCUUUGGACAGCCAUCUUACACAGAUGCUGAUGAGUGUGAAAUGUUUGGCCCUGAGGUCUGUCGUAAUGGACAUUGUGUGAAUACAGUGCCAGGGUACACAUGCUUCUGCCACGCUGGUUAUUUCUAUGACUCCAGCAAGCUUGAAUGUGUUGAUCUAGAUGAAUGUGAAAAUGAAGAGGUGUGUACAAAUGGCAAGUGUCUCAACACAGCUGGUUCCUAUCACUGCUUCUGUAGCCUUCCCCUGGUGCUAGAUGCAACCCGCAACCGCUGCGUCAACAUCUCCAACAGUGCAGAUGAUGUGGAUGAACAUGACAUUCAUUUGGACAUCUGCUGGCAGAGAGUCUCCAACUACAUCUGUAGUGAGCCACUGCUGGGGCAACGAACCACAUACACAGAAUGCUGCUGUCGUUACGGAGAUGCUUGGAGUCAGGACUGUGCCUUCUGCCCCCCGAGAUCCUCUGAGGAUUUUGCUCAGCUGUGCAAUGUUGCCAGGAGUGAGGCUGGACUCCGAGACAGGCCUGGCUAUGAAUAUGGACCAAAUCAGGAAGACCACCAGUAUGGACUCUACAGGCCAGAUUUAGAACCCUAUUACAAUCAAUUGGGUCUUGAGUAUGGAGCACUUGACCCCAGCCCGUCAAACAGAGAACAAAGCAAUGGAUUUGAAGAUGGGCCAUCCCUGCAAACACCACAACUCCGCCCAGCACAGACACUUCCUCGCUACUUGCCUGGACAACACUAUAGCAGCUUUGAAGGACUGCAAGCUGAGGAGUGUGGGAUUCUGAAUGGUUGUGAUAAUGGACGCUGUGUGCGCGUGCAGGAGGGCUACACCUGCGACUGCUUUGAUGGCUUCCAGUUAGACUUGCUACUCAUGGCUUGUGUGGAUGUUAAUGAGUGUGAGGAAGCAAGUGCCUCUAUGACCCUGUGUGAGGGCAGUACCUGCGAGAACACAGAGGGCUCCUAUCGCUGCAACUGCUUGCCUGGCUAUGUAGCAUUAGCUGAGCCCCACCGCUGUGUGCCUGAGACAGUUCAGAAUCCAGAGGCAGCGUGACUCCAAAAGCAGUGAUGAAACUCCUACAAACAUCUGUCCCAGCUGGAAGAGAAGCAGCUUUAAAAAUUUUCUAUAAGAACAAAAACCUCAACAAAUCUCACUGGGCUGAACCAACAGGGAUGAAAGCCAGUGAGAAGCUCCAGAUUUCCUCCAUCUCUGUUGCUGACCUGCUCAGCACAAGCGUCCAACUUCAGCCACAGUGCAAACACUCAGGUCCCAGUCCCCUCAUCUUGUCCUGUUUGAUAGGUUGCCAUCUCUAUUUUUAUCAAUGCCCUCAGCCUCCAGAUACUAACUUGCAUUGUGCGGGUCCCCAGUAUGUUGGUCCCCAUCCAUCUCUUUUAUCCUUUAAUUCAUGUCAUGAUGUUACAGCAUCUUAUGCCAUAUGAAUUAUUCUCACGGGGCCAUGUCCCUAUGACGAGUAUUCCCUUCCCAUCCACCCACAGCUCACAUUGUAUAGGAGCUCUUUACCUUUCACAGAACCACUGAACUGCAGUUUUACUUGUAAUCCUUACUCUCCCCUCUUCAGAAAUACAGCUUGGGAUUCUCAUGACUCUGUCACAGCUGGCCAGGUGACAUAAAAUGCAGGACCUGUCCCUGCCACCUUUGUGUGCUAAAUGGGCAGCAUCUCCACUAACAACACAUAUACUGCUUGGACUAUGCUUGGACAGAUACUUUCUCACAGUGAAUGAAAAACACUCACAUUCCACAGGUGUUGUAGAAAUUUCAGCUUCUUUUAAAGUCUGCCCAGAGUCUGUACAACCUUGUCCCAAAGUCCCUCUCGCUAGCAAGAAAAGGGACAUAGUCAUUUGUACCUCAGCCUGGAAAAGGGGGUGGCCACCUUCAAAGUGUAUGGAUUCUAUUUAUAGUCUGGCACAGGUUUGACUCCAAUAGCCUUUUUGGCUCAAGUCUCUCUGUAUUCAUCCCAAGCCAUGGGCAUCCACCCCUGCACUUUCGGUGACUGCUGAUGUAUUGGCUUGGGAAGACAGAAUGAUUACAGGUCCUUAGUUCUGACAAGUGUUCUUUGUGGUGCUUUCUAUUGGGGAAAAUUACAACAUGAUAUUAAAAUAAAUGGUUUUAUAUUGUGCCUUACGGCUUUUAGUCUGGGGCUGAUCAUAAAUGUUUCUGCCUUAUCUUUUCCAAGCUUGGAACUGGAAGCCAGUGUGAAGAGACAGCUAAAAGCCAGAUGGGUAGGUAAAAGAGAAGAGCUAGUUUAUACACAUUAUAGACUGGCUGAAUGGGAGCAUCCCCCUUCUAACCAUACUGUUUUGAGACCUAGAAGUCUCUAUACACCUUGUUCCAGUAAUGACACAGAAGUAAUUCUGUCAGAAGCAAAUGGUUAGUGCCAGGAUCAGGGCUAAACAAAGGUAACUACAUGACAGAGAGUACUCUGCAAGUUCUUCCAAGACUUAUUUCAUCCAGUAGAAAGUAGGAUGUACCAUUAGGCUGCACUCUUACUUUACAGUAAGCCCCAUUUAAUUUAUAGUGAAUUAUUUCAGAGUAGACAUGUAUAGGAUUUCACUGUCAGUCAAGCAAAUUAAAUCCACCAAGUGUAAUACUUUUACAGGAUUCCUGUUAUUUUCUGGUGUGUAACGCUGGGACACAGUUCGCUCUAGUCUACAAAAUGCUUCACAAUCCCCAAACGAGAC